AUGAGACAAAAGGCCAUGCAGCAAAUCAUCCCCAGCUAUUUCAUUCACAAGGAUAAGCUGGAAGAUUUCCUCUCCACCAAGAACGAGGCUGGGUCUUUCAAGGUCACUCGGAAGCUCGACAAGUAUUACAUACAAUACCUUGUCUCCAAUGGCCAGACGCCGCAGGAACUCAGCUGGGCAAGUCUCUGUCACACCUACCGU